UCGUCGUGGCUGGACGUCUAUCGCCACUCCUUUUUUACCGGCAUUGCCUGAAUUACGCGUCCAUUUUCACCGUCCUGCUUUUUGUACUGGAAUUAGCCUUUGUUUCGCAUAAUUCGGACUGGACUCUCGGUAACUACAUAGCGAUUUAAAUAGACAUAUUUUUCUAUGGAAUUUAUUAGUGUAAGUGUAUAGUGUAAUAGUGUUAGUGCUGUGGAAUGGAUUAUAUUAUCUAGGACAGCUGUAUAAUGUCGAAGACUUUAAACGCGUAUAGAAUCAAGAAGAUCGAGUCACUAGGAAGGAUGACGGCUAUGACGCAGGAGGAGAUGUUGGCCGGAGCCCGGACUGUGGCUGCCGGCCUCGAGGCCAUGCGGGCUGAGCACACGCAACUGCUCGCCGGCCUGGCCGCGAAUACUGAUCAUGAACACGAGAAGGCGGCCCUCGUGAGGAAGAGCAUUGAUGCUAUUGAGCUGGGAUUGGGGGAGGCACAGGUGAUGAUGGCCCUCGCCUCCCACCUGCAAUCGGUUGAGGCGGAGAAACAGAAGCUCCGCACCCAGGUGCGACGCCUUUGCCAGGAAAACGCCUGGCUGCGUGAUGAGUUGGCUGCUGCUCAGCAGCGGCUCCAGGCAUCGGAACAGCGUGUCGCACAGCUGGAAGAGGAGAACAAACAUCUGGAGUUUAUGGCUUCUAUACGUAAAUACGAUAGCGACAUAACCGAGGAAAACGAUAACCACCGCAGCGGACAGACUGACAACAAGCGGGACGAUCCAAUGGUGGACCUAUUCCCUGAUGAUGACCACGAGGAUAACAGGAAUAAUAAGUCGAUGUCUCCAACACCGCCGUCGCAAUUCGCGCAGCAAGUGAACGCGGGCUAUGAAAUCCCGGCCCGUCUGCGGACAUUGCACAAUCUGGUGAUCCAAUACGCGUCUCAAGGCAGAUACGAGGUGGCAGUGCCCCUGUGCAAACAGGCCCUGGAAGACCUGGAGAAGACCUCCGGACAUGAUCACCCAGAUGUCGCCACUAUGCUUAAUAUUUUGGCGCUGGUUUACAGGGAUCAAAGUAAAUACAAGGAAGCAGCGAAUCUUCUGAACGAUGCUCUCUCAAUCCGUGAGAAGACGCUCGGAGAAAACCAUCCAGCCGUUGCCGCUACGCUCAAUAAUCUGGCUGUUUUGUAUGGGAAAAGAGGCAAGUAUCGCGAGGCCGAGCCGUUGUGCAAGCGUGCUUUAUGUAUCCGGGAGGCUGUAUUGGGUCGAGAUCACCCCGAUGUCGCCAAACAACUCAACAACUUGGCACUGCUUUGUCAAAACCAGAACAAAUACGAAGAAGUGGAACAGUACUACCAGCGCGCACUGGAAAUCUAUGAAGGCAAACUGGGUGUCGACGAUCCCAACGUGGCUAAGACCAAGAAUAACCUCGCUUCUUGCUAUCUCAAACAGGGCAAAUACAAGGAAGCCGAAACUCUGUACAAGCAAGUGUUGACUCGUGCCCACGAAAGGGAAUUCGGGACUAUUGAUGAUGACAACAAGCCGAUCUGGCAAGUGGCUGAAGAGCGAGAAGAGAACAAACACUUGCAGAAGGAGAAUGCUCCGUAUGGCGAAUAUGGUGGAUGGCAUAAGGCUGCCAAGGUAGACUCACCAACAGUUACCACCACAUUGAAGAACCUGGGCGCGCUCUACCGGCGUCAGGGCAAGUACGAGGCGGCUGAAACACUUGAAGACUGUGCUUUGCGUAGCCGAAAAGAGGCCUUGGACGUGAUGAAGCAAUCCCGAGGCCGUGGACGCACCCGCGACUCGCUCGAACAUGACGAAGAAAUUACGCAUGAAGCGCGCAAGCUCCCUGUGCGAGCUCAAUAAGCCUUCGGAAGGAAGCUAGCGGAGCGUCACUGGGACUCUUCUGGUCUACAUCACCACUACCAUCGUAAGACUCGUCACAUUGCAGUCGUGAUGGCAAAUGCGAAAUAGAAUAAAUAAAUAUGUGUGGGGUUUGGGGUUACCAUAAAUAAAAUACAAGGUAAAAAGUAAACAAUAUAAUAUAGUGGCUGUACACACUCGCUAAUCGGUCUGUUGAUAUCUUAACGAGUACGCACAGCUGGCAAUUACUUGGUCCAUUUAAUAUCUGGUCUAAGCACAUUCAUUCACAUCCAAAUAAAUGCUUCUACAGUUAUAAAAAGUUUGAAAAAUGUAUCUUUUUUAUAUGGUAGCCCCUUGGUCGUCGGGCCUACACGUCAGGUCUUUUUCUAGGUCUUUAGGUCUAAAAGUUACUUGAAAAAUGUUGGACAGUCUGAAAGAGUUGUUAUAUUAACUUACUUUAGUGCUAAUUUUGAUUAACAUCCAGUUACAGAAGUAAAAAAUGCAAUAGAUAAAACAACUUAAUACGAUUAAUUUUGCGUUAUUUAUAAACUUCGAAUAGUUUCCAUUGUAAUAUUUUUAACAAAUUGGCGUUUAACUCAGAAUUAGCACAAAGAAUAACUAAAGACUGGAAGGUUAGAGUUGGGAAGGAAAAGCUUGCUUAAGUCAAAUAAUUAUUCCGCUUUUGCUUUAGAUAUUGUAUUAACGGAAUAAAGCAGCAGAGCAUUUCUCGGAUAUACGUGAUAAGAAAGUUAUUUUUAAGUAAAAUAUUGCGAUUUACACUACUGUGAGACUAAAGAAGCUUCCGCACAUUAGACUUAAUUGGCGUAUCAAGUGUAAAAUGCCGGUCAAAUGGUUUUAACAAUCUGAAGUCACGGGCUCCAAUUUCCAUUAGCUGAUCGUUUUGUAAUACCGGCUUUCAAUAAUAAUUAAACCGAUCUUCGAUGUUCAGUGACGGAUUUACAAAUUUUCAAGGUUUCAUCGUUAUAUUGAAGAGGCAAGGGUCUCUACAAUAUAAUAAUUUCGUUGAAAUUGCACGUAACAUCACUGUGGGUUCGAAUCUGAGCACAAAAUUAUACACAAACCAUCCAUUUCGCAGCGUCCAACCAGUAGUAGGACUGACAUGUAUGGGUUAAUAGGAGGAAGGGAGGGAAAUACAUUUUCUGCAAUUUCACUCUUUUCACUCAUACAAAGUGUGAGCUGAGGGCUCAGAUGUCGUUUGCUGGUUGGGGGCCCCGAAUGUGUGAGACAAGUGAGAGGGGAACUGACAACAGUUCUAUGUGUAUAACAUCAAAAACCUGUCUAGCAGAUAUCUUUUUGUUGUCUAUGUAGUAGCAGUAAAAUUUCGGUUCCCAAAUGCCGUCCUAGGAUCCAGCUUACUCAGCGAUGCGCCAGCUCACUGGCGAUGUUAAUAUUGAUGCUGCAAAACCAUCUACGAAAACCCAAAAAGAUUAACCCGACAUGACAAUUUAUAUAAUAGGCUUAGUUUUAAUGCAGGAAUUCGCUCAGCCAUAGACUAAAUCAAAUUGACGGUAUUUUACAGUUGGUCAUAAAAAUAGAUUAUAAUAUUGCGAGAACUACAUUUACAUAGAACUUCAUUAACAGAUAUAAACACGAAUAUAUUAUAUUACAUAUUCUACUUUCGAGUUCACUCACUUGAAAUUAUGUACGUAUAAUAAUAAAUCCGCUUUAAUCCAUUAAAGUUUUAUUUAGA